UGAUUAUUCAGAGCUUUUAGAAAAUGGCUCCAGGAGUUUCCAGUUGUCAUUAUCGUGAAGUUCCUCCAUCCAUCUCCUUUUCUGGAUCUGGAUUCAUGGCCACCUACCAGUUAGGAGUUGCCCAGUGCUUCCUAACUUAUGCACCGUGGAUACUCCGCACAGCACCUUGUGUGCUGGGUGCAUCUGCUGGGUCUCUAGUAGCAGCUGCUGUAGUCUGUGAAAUCAGCCUGAUUUCUAUCCGGGAUGAGAUGCUACAUUUUGCCAAACAGAUGAAGGCUUUUACGCUUGGACCAUUUAACCCCUCAAUCAACGUUUUUCACUGGUUAGAGGUAGUUUUAAACAAAUAUGUUCCCUGCAAUGCGCACCAACUGGCCACUGGACGUCUUGCUGUGGCUAUGACCCGGAUAACUGAUAGCAAGCUCAUUAUUAUGUCUGACUUCCAGUCCAAAGAGGAUGUAGUACAGGCUUUGCUGUGCAGCUGCUUUGUGCCUGGGUACUGUGGCAUGACGCCUCCAUCCUUCAAAGGAGUUUAUUAUGUGGAUGGGGGUUUCAGCAGCAUGCAGCCAGUACUGCCUGCACCCUGCAGUCAUAUCUUGACGGUGUCUCCAUUCUCUGGAGAGAUGGACAUCUGUCCUGCCGACACGCCUUCCAUGUGGGACAUGGUAGUGAGUGGAACCACCUUGAAGGGCAAUAUGGCCAACAGCAUCAGGAUCCUCAACGCUCUCUACCCUAUGGCUUUAGAGACUCUAGAACAAGCAUACGACAGUGGAUACAAAGACGCUAUUCAUUUCCUUCUGAGUAAUGAUCUUGUCCCGUAUUGGAUGAUACACAAAGAAGUUGAAGGGCCACUGAACUGUAACCAGACUAACACGUGGGUCCAUCUGGAGACUGACAUAAAGGAAGGAGAGGAAAUGAAGAUGGAAAAGGAGACCACUACACUGACAUCUUUUACAGACAAUAGAUCCACGCAGACAAGCAACUCUGCUGAGCACGAAUCCACUGGAAAUCGACCUUCUCUCCAUUUUGACAUGGGAAAGAAUGCUCUGCUGGUCAACUUAGUGACCUAUGUGAGCAUGCUUGGACUAACUGCAAGAAUCUUAUCCCACCUGCUCCUACCUAUCACGCUGUUAUUUUAUGCUGCACUCCAGGCUAGGCACAGGCAGCAGUUGUUGUUCAGGAAGGCUCCUGAGUUGGUGUUCUGGGCUUUUCAUUGUCUGAGACACUUUACAUUCUUUUUUUUCAACAUACUUCUCUGUACCUUUAGGAAGAACAUAAAGAACCGGAUUAUGCCCAUUAUGCUGCUGUUGAAGUGGGUGAAAAUUCAAGCACGAUAUGAGGUUCCACAAUGGAAGAGGCUCGCUAAACCUUGCCAUAUGCUUACCUCUUCUGCCCAUUCAGAAAAUGUCAGGCAUGGGAGUCUACACAGACGUCUCAAAACUCCAUCACAGGCUUACAAGAAGUCAGUAUUACAGUAUAUGUAAACAGAGUCACCGACCUUUUAUAGAUCACUGUGUUCUUUGUCUUGAAAGCUGAGUCUUGCUUAAAGGGGCUUUAUUUGAUGUAAGUGCUUGUAUAUGUAGUUUAUGUGCUUCAUUUAUUUCGUAUUUUCAUUGUAUC